AUGUCUGUCGAGCUCGAUCCCGUAGAGCUUGGGUUCAAGCGACCCUUCCAGCAUGAAGUGUCGCAGACGCUCCGCUUGAAGAACCCGCAUUCUGACCCUGUUGCCUUCAAGGUCAAAACCACGGCUCCCAAGCAAUAUUGCGUCAGGCCAAACAGCGGACGUAUUGAGCCUGGAAAGGAGGUUGAAGUUCAGAUUCUCCUCCAGGCUAUGAAGGAAGACCCACCGCCAGAUGCAAAGUGCCGCGACAAGUUCCUCGUACAGUCGGUCCUCAUCACUGCCGAUAAAGAGUUUGCCAACGUCGGAUCUUUGUGGUCGCACAUUGAACAGACAUCCAAGUCUUCCAUCCAGGAGAAGAAGAUCAGGGUCCUGUUCCUCGCCCCUGACGAAGGUGGCCUGAGUGUAACACCCGCAAAGACCAACUCUGCUAGCCGCGACUCUUUGGUUCCAUCCCCAUCACCGUCUCAGGAAGCCUUCACCCCUUCGCGUGGUGGUGUAUCUGACGCAUCUGGACCGGUUUCCGUCCCACAAGAUCGCCCGGCCGGCAGCAAGAACUUGGGAGAGAUCAGGAACGAGACAUAUAACCCUGCGACGGGUGGUAGUGCUCAGAGUGCCCUCAGCUCGGCUGCUGCCAGUGUCUCGAACGCUAUCCCUUCUUCCGGUGACCUAGAGGCUCAACUUGCCGAGGCCAAGGCGCAGAUUGCACGAUUGACACAACAGGUUAGCGAAGCGACCGGUCUCCGCCAGCGCAAGACGGGCUCCGCACAAGACUCGAAGUCACAAGUCUCAACUGCCACCGAAGUACGACAGGCCCCCGCUGGAGGCGUCCCCGUUCAGAUCACUGCGCUUCUUUGUCUUAUCAGCUUCCUCUUGGCUUAUUUCCUUUUCUAA